AUGGAGGCGAACGGCGACCAGGCAAAUGGCACGAAUGGGACGAACCUUUCUAAUGGCCACCACAAAGCUGCGAAGCUGCUAUGGCGACACCCAUACCCGCAAUCCACACCAAUGUUCCGAUUCCUGCACAGUGUGAACCAGAAGUAUGGACUGCAAUUGUCAAGCUACGAAGAACUACACAAAUGGAGCAUUGAUCACAUUGAUAAAUUCUGGGGCUGUGUAUGGCAGUUUGUCGAGGUCAGAGCAAAGACUGGGGCGUCGCGGGUGGUGGAUCCACGAGCACCGAUGUAUCCUCGCCCGGCGUUCUUCAAAGAUGCGACUCUGAAUUUCGCAGAGAAUCUACUCUUCCCUACGUUAGAGGUAGACCCAGAUAGCCCUGCGAUCAUCGCCGCUACCGAGACAACGCGCCAGACCGUGUCGUGGAAAGAGCUCAGGGAGCUCGUGAGGCAAUGUCAAUCCGGACUGUUGGAAGUAGGUCUCCAAGAAGGGGACAGAGUGGCAGGAUAUGUCGCAAACCACACAAACGCAUUGGUCGCCAUGCUCGCGACCACCUCGUUAGGAGGGAUAUGGACGGCUGUUAGUCCAGAUACUGGCGUACAUGCCGUACUGGAGCGGCUACGACAGAUCGAGCCCACGGUGCUGUUUGCGGACAAUGCAGCAUUCUAUAACGGUCGGAGUCAUCCGGUGCUACCUAAAGUAAGUCAAAUAGCAUCGGAGCUCCCAUCCUUGAAAGCCACCGUCAUCUUCCCGACCGUCUCCAGUGUGCAAUUCUCUGUAGAGUCUCUUGAGGUCGCAUCCGGAAAGGCAUAUGACUACAAGACCUUCGCAUCUUUGAGGAGAAGCAACGAGCUUACUUUCAAAUACCUGUCUCCUGACCAUCCAGUCUACAUUCUUUACUCCUCCGGAACCACUGGUGCGCCCAAGUGCAUUGUCCAUGGCGCUAUCGGUACAUUACUUCAACAUAAGAAAGAGCACAUCCUUCACUGCUCAAUAGAACCCCAGUCGCGCCUUUUCUACUUUACAACGUGCACAUGGAUGAUGUGGCAUUGGCUAGUUUCAGGUCUAGCUUCAAGCGCCACAAUCGUCCUGUACGAUGGCUCACCAUUCCGCUACGUUGACUUGAAGAACCCCGAAACAUCUGCACCGGACGACUUCGCCAUGCAUCGCCUCAUCGACGAGGUGGGGAUCACGCAUUUCGGUACGUCGGCCAAAUACCUCUCCAUCCUGGAACAGAAGUCUCUGGACCCUAAGGCUGCCGGUCUUUCGCUCAACACCCUCGAGGCCAUCUACUCCACGGGCUCACCUUUAGCGCCCUCGACUUUCGACUAUGUAUACCUUUCCUUCCCCUCGUCCAUAAAUUUGGGGUCCAUCACCGGCGGAACAGACAUCAUAUCCCUCUUCGGCGCUCCAAAUCCUCUCAUACCAGUCUACCAGGGCGAGAUCCAGGCUGCAGGACUCGGCAUGGCCAUCGCAGCUUAUGACUAUACCGGCAAAGACAUUUCGGAUACGGGCGAGCCUGGCGAACUCGUCUGCACGAAGCCAUUCAUUUGCCAGCCGGUCAGUUUUUGGGGCGCAGACGGCGAAAAGAAAUACUACAACAGCUACUUCGACCAAUUUAAGAACAGCCAAGGGCAACCGAUCUGGAGCCACGGUGAUUUCGUGCGAUUCAAUCCUGAGACUGGAGGUGUAUGGAUGUUGGGUCGCAGCGAUGGGAUUUUAAAGCCGUCUGGUGUUCGAUUCGGGUCCGCGGAGAUCUACAAUGUUGUACUUGAGCACUUUGCUGAGGACGUUGCGGAUGCGCUCUGCAUUGGGAGGAGGAGAGAACAGGAUGAUGAUGAGACUGUUUGCUUGUUUCUGAAAAUGGCGGAUGGCAAGAAGUUUGCUGAGGAGCUCGCGACAAAUAUCAAGGUGGCGGUGAAGCAAGCUCUGAGCGCGAGACACGUUCCUGGCAUUAUUGACGAGUGUCCCGAGAUCCCGGUGACGACCAACGGGAAGAAGGUCGAAGGUGCAGUGAAGCAAAUUCUUUGCGGUUUAAACGUGAAGACCUCCGCAAGCGUUGCGAAUGCUGAAUGUCUCGACUGGUACAGAGAGUGGACGAAGACGCACUAA